AUGAAGAGACGUAAGGGGUAUGCGUUGGGACUCUCGGCAGCCCUGAGCCAGCACUUGCAGCCGACAAACCAGUCGCGAUCGUCGCGCAUGUGCCAUUUUGCCGACGCAGCCAACCCGGCCUCCAACAAGGCGUACCAAAAUGCAGGCUUUGAAGUGCACAGUCAACUUGCCGCGUAUUCGUUUGAACCAAAGUAA